AAAAAUGCUAUUCAAAACAACUAAGAGAAAGACUCUUAGCUCAGGAAGAACUAGACCUGGCUAAGACCCUCAGAAUAGCAAGAAGUAGCGAAAGCGCCAUAAAAGAAGCACGACUCCUUUCUGGUUAUGAAACAAGAGACAACAUCAUUAACAUUGACCGGCUGAAUAAGCCUGACAAGCGAAAUAGGAAUUACAAUAGUGAAAAUUUCAAGUGCUAUAGGUGUGGCGGCGUGGGCCACAAGCCAUCAGAUUGUCGAGCCAUAAGUAUGAAAUGUAAUAACUGUCAAAGGUUAGGAGAUUUUGCUCGAGUAUGUCGCUCGAAGAGUGUAUCUCGAAAGCCGUAUGAAUCUCAAAAGACUUCGAGUAAAAAGACGAAAGCGUAUAGACACGUACGUGUAAUUCGACGCAAAGAUUCAGAUAGUAAUGAAUCGUGCAUUGAAAGCGAAUCCGAAGACGAACAGAUUCUGUUCAUGGAAGGGCAAGACAGUCCUGUCCAGAUUACAAUCAAUUGUCGCAAGAUAAAGAUGGUCGCCGACACCGGUUGUAGGCAGAACAUUAUUGCUUCCCAGUUGUAUACAGAGCAAUUCAAAGAAUACCCACUCGAAAGCACAACCAAACAGUUUGUGGCAUAUGGUCAGAAGGUACCGCUAACCUGCCUUGGUCGAUUUAAAGCCAGUUUGAAAGCAGGUAUCAUGACUAUUCAUAGCUUUGUGUACGUAAUUAAAGGCCAAGCCGAGUCGCUGCUCGGGAGAAAAAGCUCUUUUGACUUCGGAAUAUUCAAACAAGUCAAAUUUUUUUGUGAGCCCCCUCGAUAAGCAUGGCCUUUGGGGCAAACAGCUAAAUAAAGUUUAUAUAAAAAACCCCCCCAAAAAACAAGUCAAAUUUGUGAAGCAGACUAACUCUAACUCUAAGAAGAUUAAUGACCCAAGAUUGAACUCAUUAGUUAAUGAAUAUAAUGACUUGUUUCACGGGUUAGGUCAAAUUACAAAUUAUUCGCAUAAAAUUAAACUAGAUCCAAAUGUUAAACCAGUAAGCCAACGCCUGCGAAGAAUUCCCUUAGUCAAAUAGAGCAGGUUAAUGAUGAAAUUGAUAAAAUGUUGAAGGAUGACGUCAUUGAAGAGGUACCCGAACCAAGCCCUUGGGUUUCAAAUCUUGUAGUGGUGCCUAAGGCAUCAGGAGGUUUAAGGGUUUACUGUGAUUUUAGAGAGUUAUAUAAAGCCAUUGUAAGGGAACAAUAUGUCCUUCCCAAAGUAGAAGACACUUUGGAUGCCCUAAAUGGCUCAAAAUAUUUUGCAAAAAUUGAUGCAAGAAGCGGAUUUUUCCAAUUAACGCUGUCAGAGGAAUGUAGAUAUUUGACAACGUUUAUAACAAACGAAGGCUGCUUUCGUUUCAAGUAUGUUCCGUUUGGGUUAAGCGAUAUCAGCGAAACCUUCCAAAAAGUCAUAGAAGAAAUUUUGUUCGGCCUAAAAGGGGUAGAAAUCUCGGUAGAUGACGUCAUCGUGCAUGCAGUAACGAUAUAUCAAUUAAUAAGUAGGCUGCACGAGGUAUUUGAAAGGUGUAGGGAACGUAACUUAAAGUUAAACCCUAAAAAGUGCGAGUUUGGGCUUACCCAAAUACCGGUGUUGGGUCAUGUCGUUUCAGCCAAAGGUAUUCAACCAGACCCGGUGAAAACAAAAGCAAUUCAAGAGACUCCCCCUCCUGCCAACGUUGCAGAAUUGAGAUCAUUUUUACGCGUUUGUGGCUAUGUAUCGAAGUUUAUACCGAAUUACGCCGAGCUGGUUGAACCCCUUAGGCGGCUGACAAGGCAAGGCACUAACUGA